AUGGCAACGUCAAAGGUAACCCCAGCAACGGAGUCUAUGCAGGUGGAUGAUGAUGCCCCAAGUGUCGAAUCUGGAAAAGUAGACGACACAGCAAAGCCUCUAAAAAAGAAAAGACCAAAACCAUGGAAAACGUAUUACCGUAACAGGGAUGUUGAAAAGAAACUAGAUCGACUGGAGCAGACAGUUGAGAAAAUAAAGACUGAAAAAAAGAUAUACAAAACAAGCAUAAAAGAAAUUCUUAAACAUGUUAAAUUCCAAACUAUCGCAGAUAGUGUCGUGAUAGGAAACGACACCGUCAUUGUAAAAAAUGAAAACGGAAAUGAAGAAGAAUUGGACAAAAUAAUGAAAAGACAUUUCGAGAAAGUCACUUGUGAACAUGCUGCCAUUUCAAAGGAGUUGGCGACGUUGAAGCAUGCUCUCGACAUUUCCACUGUGUGUCUUCAGCAAAAAAGUAAACAAAGCGACAGGAAACUCCAAACAAUAUUGGAACUAUUAGAAAUGACAAAGUCAUCAAACGACGAUUUCUUUACUGACAAAAUUGAAAAAGCACUUAAGGCGAUACAAAAAUGGUCAGACGAUAGCAAACGUACUUUAGCUGAUAGUUACAAAGCGACAAGCGACCAAGCCCCAAAAGAAGCUCUUUCUACGAUACAGUUCGUCGCCUCGAAAUGUGUAGAUAAACACACCCGUGAAGAGUUAAAGAGACUACUAGAUAUAGAUCAACAUGCGAUGGAAGACGAACCAAACGACCUUAACUUGUGCUUCCGAGGACUGCUAUUUUGGCGACAAAAAGAUCCCGAAACUAACAAUGCCGAACGCCUUAAAAAGCUACUGCAGGACUUGGAUGAUAUGACCUUCGAAAGGAGGAAACAAGACUCAAGGUCUGUGCUUAAGUUAAAUGUUGGUGAUCGUAACAUAAUGGACGGAGAGAGGGAGCAGGGAUUCGUCAGAAUGCAGAGAAAUGUGGAAGAAAUCCUUGACCACGUAACCAGCAUCUCACAAAAACUAGCCACUACUGAACACCGUGAUAUCCUGAAUAUUAUCCAACCAGGCGAAUCUGUGACUGGACAAGGUCAAAGUCAACCUAUUUUUGGAGACAUGCAAAGACGUGUUCGGAGGCUAUCAGUUCGAGCACCAUCCCCUCCGAAAAGGAGCAGAAACGAAAGAGAGAGUUGUUAA